AUGGCAAACUCUGCGCAAUUCAUGAUCGUGAAGCUUCGCUUGCCUCAUUCUUCUAUCACGACGUAUUACCUAGAAGGCUCGGGCAAGCUUCAGGAUGACCAUCAAUUGCUGCAGCUGUGCAAGGACGAAGGAGCAGCUCGGCCGCUUCCUCAAGCCUUGCACAAUGACGGGCUCUACUUUACGGCGCUGCAAUCACUGUACCUGUAUGCCAUUUUCACUGCACGGCAAGAAAUUGAGACAUUUCGUCUCCGGCUGAAUGGCCUCAAUGCCAAGACUUUGGCGUAUGCUCUCCGGAUCUCAAUGGUGGCUAUUGAAUACCCGGCACCGCUUCCUAACUGGAAUCCCGGUUCUUCUGUCCCUAUCCUCGACUAUACCGUGGCCUCGACGGAAAUUGUGCACCGUCAUCCCCGCCGUGACCCCAAGCCCACUCCUGGAGAAAUUAAUGACCCUCGUGUCGCAACUGGCUGGAAAGAAACCGGUACCCUGGAAGACCACCGCGAAUAUCUCCGCCGCCAACAUGAAGACCCCCACACUCCGACCGUCCUCGGUCACUUCAACGAUAUCCCAUUGUCAUACUACAAAAUCUUCUGGGCCAAGGAAGACAAUGUGGGUGCACGCUACGCAUCAAAUGACUUUGACCGCGGUCGCCAUACUCUAGUCGGCAACGACGCCUUCCGUGGCCCUCACCGUGUCACGGCAUGGUGA